AUUUACGCUCAGAGUGUGUUCAUGUCUCGGGGUUGGAGAAUUGGAAAGCCCGCAGCGCGUUGACAGACAGGUGAACCCCCGCUUGUCUCCUGCAGUGGGUGAUAAGCCUUCAGAGAAAAGGAAGAACCUCCCGUGAGCUCCUUUAUUUUUGGCUUGUAUUGACUGUUCAUCCACGCGCUGUCCGACUAGCGUUAACGCGCAGUGGAAGAAGAAAGCAAACAAGUUGAUUAAGAAGAAGGGUGCGAUUCAGCCCGAGCAGCUCCAGAGUUUUGAUUGUAUCUUUAGCAUAACUCUUUUCUCCCUCUCCCUGUCCCUUCUGAGUGCGUAGUAGCAGAGGGAGGGACGGGAGAACCGGGCAGACGGACCGUGAAGCUGCGCGCCUCUCUGGUGGAUGAUCCACUGGAUGCGGGUCGAUGGAUUAACAGCCUUCCGCGGAGCCUGCAGCUGCUUAUUUUUUCACCGCCGAACCCCGGUCCACCUCGGGAUUAUUUCAGGUCUCACUGAUCUCCCCAACCUCCCUCUCGAGAUGACCGAGGAAUAUGUUUUGCGGUGCGUCCUGAUGCUCUGCUGUGCGCUCCUCUCGGCCAACGCGAGUAACUGGCUGUACCUGGCCAAGCUGUCGUCAGUGGGAAGCAUCAGGGAUGAGGAGACGUGUGAGAGGUUACGAGGCCUCAUCCAGAGACAGGUCCAGAUCUGUAAGCGCAGUGUGGAGGUGAUGGAUGCGGUGCGUCGUGGAGCCCAGCUGGCUAUAGACGAGUGUCAGUUCCAGUUUCGCAACCGUCGAUGGAACUGCUCCACUCUGGAGACCAUGCCUGUGUUUGGCAAAAUUGUCACCCAAGGCACCCGUGAGGCAGCCUUUGUGUAUGCCAUCUCAGCAGCCAGUGUGGCGUUUGCGGUCACAAGGGCCUGCAGCAGCGGAGAGCUGGAAAAAUGUGGCUGCGACCACAAUGUACAUGGAGUCAGUCCAGAGGGGUUCCAGUGGUCGGGCUGCAGUGAUAACAUUGCAUAUGGAGUGGCCUUUUCCCAGUCAUUUGUGGAUGUGAGGGAGAGGAGUAAAGGCCAGUCCUCCAGCCGGGCUCUCAUGAACCUGCACAACAACGAGGCUGGCAGGAAGGCCAUCCUGUCCCACAUGCGAGUGGAGUGCAAAUGUCACGGUGUGUCAGGCUCCUGUGAGGUGAAGACCUGCUGGAAAGCCAUGCCGCCCUUCCGCAAAGUGGGAAAUGUCAUCAAAGAGAAGUUUGAUGGUGCGACUGAGGUGGAGCAGCGCAAGGUGGGCACCACCAAAGUCCUGGUGCCUCGAAACUCCCAGUUCAAACCUCACACAGACGAAGAUCUGGUCUACCUGGAACCCAGUCCAGAUUUCUGUGACUAUGACCCCCGCACCCCGGGUAUGCUGGGCACGGUGGGCCGCCAGUGUAACCGAACCUCAAAGGCCAUCGACGGCUGCGAGCUGAUGUGCUGUGGCCGCGGUUUCCAAACGCAGGAGGUGGAGGUGGUGGACAGGUGCAGCUGUAAGUUCCACUGGUGUUGUUAUGUCAAAUGCAAACAGUGCCGCAAAAUGGUGGAGAUGCACACUUGCCGGUGAUGGGAGUGGGGGGCACAGAGGGCACUGCUGAUGAACAAAACAAACGCCCCAGACUCGAUUACUGAGGUCAGAGGGAGCAAGGAGGACUGUUGAACCUCCCUCAUCUCCUGCUUGAAACCACCCCACCCUCCUACUGCCGGUCAACGGAAACAGACUGUGUGGCUGAGAGGUCAAAUGUCAUCCUAUUCAUUUUAUGCCACCUUAAUGGAUAUCAAUAGAUUAUGCAUGGGAUUUCCUUUAAAGCUACAGAUGCAGUUUGUUUCUUCUCAAGUAGAGAGCAUCUUUUACUUUCUGUCUCCCUCCCUCACCCUUACAUUUGCUUUGUCAUUGAUUGCUUCUUAUUUUUGUACUGUUUAACUUAUUUGUUGAGACUGAGGAGAUUGACGGGGGUUGAACCUAGAAGGAGGGGAUAGACGAAUGGAGAUAAUAAGGGACGAA